GAAGUGUGUUCUACGUCAUCGUUUAUUGGGCUCAGCACAGUCACGAGAAAUUUGCCAGUAAUAAUUUUUCCUGUGGAAAAAAAGUGAUUUUAUCAACGGUCAAGAUGGCUAUGAGCGAUCAAGAUGUCCAAAAACAGAUUAAACACAUGAUGGCUUUCAUAGAGCAGGAAGCCAAUGAAAAGGCAGAAGAAAUUGAUGCUAAGGCCGAAGAGGAAUUUAACAUAGAGAAGGGGAGGCUCGUUCAGCAACAGAGAGUUAAAAUCAUGGAGUAUUAUGAGAGGAAGGAGAAACAAGUGGAAUUACAGAAGAAAAUUCAAAGUUCCAAUCUCCUGAAUCAGGCAAGACUUCGGAUUCUAAAAAUGAGGGAGGAUCUCCUUAAGGAUUUGAUGGAGGAUGCCAGACAAAGACUUAGUCAGAUCACAACAGACAGAAAUAAGUACAAAAAGUUACUGGAGGGACUGAUAGCUCAGGGCCUUUUUCAGCUUAUAGAGGCAUCCGUUGUACUGAGGUGUCGACAGAGUGAUGUAGACUUAGUGAAGGAGAGUCUUCCAUCAGCUGUACAGCAAUACAAAGAAGCCACUGGAAAUGAUGUCUCCAUCUCCAUAGAUGCCGACAACUUCCUGGGAAAUGACGUGUCAGGAGGGGUUGAACUUUUAGCACAAGCUGGGAAGAUCCGGGUUGAGAAUAUGUUGGAGAGUCGUCUUGCCCUCAUCAGUCAACAGAUGAUUCCAGAGUUAAGAACAAUUUUGUAUGGAGCCAAUCCAAACAGAAAAUUCAUGGAUUAAACCUACCAGAUGUUUGUAGUAAUCAAUUACAUGGGUCAUCAUAUAUCUAUCAAAAUUGGGUCUAUACACAAGUCUAGUCAAUGGGAACUUCAUGAUAGGUACUUUAUAGGUUAAACUUUCUGUGCAAAGGUUUGAUACCAUAUAGCAAUGUAUAUUUACCUGUACAAUUUUUGAGGAUGUCACUAUCAAACUAUGUCUGCAUUUUUUUUUAAAAUAUCUCAAAAACACUUGCAUUAGCAGAAUUAAGUUAAGUAUAAAUAUAUUUUAGCUGUAUAUCUGUAGAUCUUGUAUAAUGAACAAAAACAAAGACAUGUAUAUUUGAAACUAUUAUUUAUCUUUGAUGUCUGUCAUUCAUAUUGUUUCUGCAAGGUUGAAAUCCAUGACAUGAUUUAGAUUGUACGAGUUACUUCCCUUUGACUCUGUUCAUUUUACGAUGUAUUCAGAGAUAGUCUAAUAGUCGUGUCAAAGUUACUGUGAUCAUUCCAUUCAUAAGUACAUGAGUACUUAUCAGUGCUACAGAUUAUGUAUUAUGUGUAUUGUUGAUAUUUAAUCAGGAUUAUAAAAUAUAUAAAAACGUUGAAAAAAUUGAAA